GCCCCUUUUCGUCGCCGAACCUUCGUAUUUAAUUCAUUGACGUGGCUUCCGCCAUAAUAGCACUGUAUGUCUUGAGAUCUGAGCCAAGACACAGAAUACUGGAAUUGUCUGGCUCUUUGUUGUCAUUGUUUUCUCCUCAUAAACAACAAUGGUUCUCUUAGCAGCAGCAGUUUGUAACAAGAGUGGCAAAGCCAUAAUUUCUCGACAGUUUGUCGAGAUGACAAGGGCCCGAAUCGAAGGUCUUCUGGCUGCCUUCCCCAAACUAAUGAGCAGCGGCAAACAACACACAUUUGUGGAGACAGAGAGUGUAAGAUAUGUGUAUCAACCUCUGGAGAAACUUUACAUGUUACUUAUCACCACAAAAGCCAGUAACAUCCUUGAAGACUUGGAGACCCUUCGCCUCUUUGCUAAAUUGAUUCCAGAGUAUUGCCGUAAUAUGGACGAGAGUGAAAUUAUCGAGCAGUCCUUCUCACUGAUAUUUGCCUUUGAUGAGAUUGUUGCCCUUGGUUACCGAGAGAACGUGAACAUUGCACAGAUUCGCACUUUUACAGAGAUGGAUUCACACGAAGAACGAGUGUUCAUGGCUGUUAGACAGACUCAAGAGAAAGAGGCUCGUGACACAAUGAUGAAGAAGGCUGAAGAACUACGCCGCAUGAAGACAAAAAGUGGUGGCAGCAACAUGCGGUCACCUGGAUUUGGUGGAGGCUUUGGUAGUAACAGCAGUGGGGGCCGCAUGGAAUCCCCCAUUAUCGAUACCACUAUUAAUGACACUGUUAAAUCAUCAUACACUGCUCCUAGCAAACCAUUGGGUCCAAGUAAAGCGAUGAAACUUGGUAGCAAGACUAAAGACGUUGAUUCUUUUGUGGAUCAACUCAAAUCAGAAGGCGAGACUGUCACCUCAAGCAACCAUUCCUCAUCUACUAUAAACAAGGUCUCUACACCAACUGUUAACCAGGAAAAUGUCCAUUUGCGAAUAGAAGAGAAAAUAGUUGUACAAGCUGGGCGUGAUGGUGGCUUACAGAAUUUGGAAGUGUUUGGUUUAGUGAAGUUAAAGGUUGCAGAUGACAAGUUUGGAAAAAUCAAAGUUGCCAUUUUGAAUAAUGAUACCAAAGGAAUUCAACUUCAGACCCAUCCCAACAUUGACAAGAAGUUAUUCAGUACUUCAUCCUACAUUGGUUUGAAAAAUUCUGAGAAACCAUUUCCUUUACACCAAGAUAUUGGAGUCUUAAAAUGGCGUUUCCAGACACAAGAUGAGGCUUUCAUUCCUUUGUCAAUAAAUUGCUGGCCCUCAGAAACUGGAUCUGGCUGUGAUGUCAACAUAGAAUAUGAACUGGAACAGCAGAACUUAGAACUAAAUGAUGUUGUUAUAACUAUACCAUUGCCGUCUGGUGUUGGAUCUCCAAUUGUUGGUGACUGUGAUGGAAACUAUACAUAUGAGCGCAGCAACAACCAGUUGCUAUGGAACUUACCACUUAUUGAUGCUGCAAACAAGUCUGGCAGUAUGGAAUUCAGCAUCAAUGGACAUCCAGAAGAUUUCUUCCCUGUCAAAGUGUCUUUUGUCUCCACAAAAUCGUACUGUGACAUUCAGAUCUCUGAAGUGAUCACCACAGAUGAUGAACCUGUGAAAUAUUCUUCUGAAGUCGUAUUCUACGUUGACAAAUAUGAAAUUGUGUAAAGGACAUCAGCUGCUUGCUUUGAUUGGGGUGGGGUUCACUUAAGUCUCUCUCUCUCUCUCCCUCUUUCACAUAUAGACACACACAUACAUAUUCUCUCUAUCUCUUCCCUUUUUUCACAUACACACAAAUGCACACACACACACAUACACACCUCACUAUCUCUCUGUCUC